CGCAUGUGUAUGCCCGCCCAGGGGCCGGGACUCCGCACUUCCUGCUGCCAGACGGCCCAGCCAGGCUCCAGUUACCUACUUACUGCUAACUCGGGGCCUGUGCAGGGGCGCCGACUUCCAGCUAACGACAGGGAGGAUGAGCGGCUGAGAAUCUGGAUCGCAGCGUACACCAACCCUACUCCGUCUACUGCUAGUCCCCUCUGCCAAACCCAGCAUGUCCGGCGCUGGAUAUAACUCCCAAAAUGGGGGAUCAGGGCCGCCCCAUGCUAACGGUCCAGUUCAAAACCAGUUGAUCUAUCCACCCCAGUCAUCCUUGGGUCAAGGAUUCAGUUCUGUUCUACCAAACUCCAACCCGCAACAGAUGCCAGUCAAGGCUCCUCAGCAUGCAGGCCCUGGAUUAUACAAUUAUUAUGGUGGUCCUCAGACUUCUCCACAACUGGUAAACUACCAGGGAUCUGGACAGAUUCAUAAUAGACCGCCUAUGGGAGUCAUGCCGACAGUAUCUCUUCAAAAUGCUGGACCUUCUUCCAGGAUGCCAGCUUCCUCUCAAAACUCUACUGGUGUGCCAGCUACUGUUGGUGGCAGUGUUCCCAGAAUAAACCCAGCAGCAAGCUGGCAGUAUUUUCCAACACCUUUGAGUCAUGCACAGCCGCAAGCUCAUGGAAAUAAUGCCCCCCCAACAACUGGGACAAUAUCAGGACAAACCCCACAGGGAAAUCUACAGCCACCAGUUUCACAGCAUUAUGGGGCUUCUUUUGGAGGUCCUCCACUUCAGAACAGUUUUAUGAGUCCAGGAUCUGAUCCUCCACCAGCAAAUCAUUCUCAGCCUGGCCGACCACCACUGGGACCUCCACCUAGUUCAUCCCCUUCUUUAAUAAGACCACCAACACAACAUACUAGUCCACCAAGUGGCACGGGGCCACCACCACCCUCACUUUUGCAAAGUGCUCCUACACAGGAUGGCUUUUCUGAACCUCCACCUACGGACAGCAGUUCUGUUCAAAAUAGUUACGAUACAAUAGAAGGCGGCGGAUACAUGGGAAUGGUUCAUCCAGCUCAGCUUCCCCCACCUCAAAAUCCUAAAAUAACUAGGAAUGUCGGUGGUACUUACCCAUCAUUACCACCUGGUUACCAGAAUGUAUUUCCAGCAGGAGGACCCGGGCUGACACCCGCUUCUCGGCAAUAUCCAACGAAGCCACAACAAUUGCCUCAGGUGCUUCCUUCCAUGGGAGUCAAUGAUUUGACAUCAUCAGUUGGCGGACUAAGCCUUCAUCAUUCUCAACAGCUGGAUGAUCUAAGAGCUGUGAAUCUUCUACAGGAGAGAAAUAUAUUGCCACAGACUCCUGUGCAAGCACCUACUCCUUGUCUCCAGGAGGACAUUCAGAAGCUCAACUGCAGCCCAGAAUUAUUUCGCUGCACAUUGACCAACAUCCCUCAGACUCAAGCUUUGUUGAAUAAAGCCAAACUUCCCUUGGGGCUUCUUCUCCAUCCUUUCAAAGAUCUGUCGCAACUACCUGUUGUCACUUCAAGUACAAUAGUCAGAUGUCGGACCUGUCGGACUUACAUAAAUCCCUUUGUCACAUUUUUGGACCAAAGGCGAUGGAAGUGCAACAUAUGCUACAGAGUAAACGACGUUCCUGAAGAGUUUAUGUACAAUCCUGUAACCAGAGUUUAUGGAGAGCCUCAUAAAAGGCCAGAAGUCCAGAAUGCCACAAUUGAGUUUAUGGCACCUUCAGAAUACAUGUUGCGUCCCCCACAGCCUCCAGUGUAUCUGUUCAUGUUUGAUGUAUCUCAUAAUGCAAUAGAGACUGGCUACCUGGACACAGUUUGCAAGACUUUGCUAGACAAUCUUGACUGGCUUCCUGGAAACACGAGGACAAAGAUUGGCUUCAUCACAUUUGAUAGCACAAUCCAUUUCUACAGUCUGCAAGAAGGAUUGUCACAGCCUCAGAUGUUAGUGGUAUCAGAUAUUGAUGAUGUUUUCAUCCCUAUGCCUGAAAAUCUGCUGGUAAAUUUGAAUGAGAGCAAAGAGCUUGUUCAAGACUUGCUAAAGAACCUGCCACAAAUGUUCACAAAGUCAGCAGAAACACAAAGUGCUUUGGGACCUGCAUUGCAAGCAGCAUACAAACUAACUUCACCCACAGGUGGACGUAUAUCUGUCUUCCAAACACAAAUUCCAUCUUUGGGAACAGGAGCAUUGAAACCAAGGGAAGAACCAAACCAAAAAUCGACUGCAAAGGAAAUUCAUAAUCUGACACCGGCAACUGAUUUCUACAAGAAACUGGCUUUGGAUUGUUCAGGGCAGCAGAUUGCUGUUGACCUUUUCCUCUUAAGCGGUCGAUACUCUGAUUUGGCUUCACUCGGUUGCAUUUCUAGAUAUUCAGCUGGGAGCGUGUUUUAUUAUCGUGCCUACCACCAUCAACGCAAUCCUGUACAAGUAGAAAAACUUCAGAAAGAGCUUAAACGUUACCUUACACGGAAGAUUGGUUUUGAGGCGGUCAUGAGGAUAAGGUGCACUAAAGGCCUUUCCAUCCAUACUUUCCAUGGGAACUUCUUUGUCCGAUCCACAGAUCUGCUGUCUCUCCCAAAUGUCAAUCCUGAUGCAGGAUAUGCCGUACAAAUGUCAGUGGAGGAAAAUCUGACCGACACGCCUGUGGUGUCUUUCCAGUCUGCUCUCUUAUACACCUCCAGCAAAGGUGAGAGAAGGAUUCGUGUGCACACCAUGUGCCUACCUGUUGUUCCAGCGCUAUCAGAUAUCUAUGCAGGGGCUGAUGUACAAGCCGUAACAGGACUUUUGGCAAAUAUGGCUGUUGAUCGAUCCAUUUCUUCAAGCUUGAGUGAUGCGCGUGAUGCUUUAGUAAAUGCUGCAAUCGAUUCCCUUGGUGCAUAUCGAAGUUCAGUGUUAACUGUUCAGCAGCCUGGCCUUUUGGCCCCUCGCUGUUUGCGUCUCUUUCCAAUGUUUGUUUUGGCUCUUUUGAAACAGAAAGCAUUCCAGACUGGGACAAAUGCAAGUUUGGAUGAGAGAACGUUUGCCAUGUGUCAGAUUAAGAGCCAGCCAUUGGCAUACAUCAUGCUCAUGAUCCACCCAAAUUUAUACAGAGUCGAUAAUCUGACAGAUGAGGGAGCUCUUAAUAUCAAUGAUAGGACAAUACCCCAACCACCCAUUCUCCAGCUCUCUGUAGAGAAACUAAAUAGAGAUGGUGCUUACCUGAUGGAUGCUGGCACUGUUUUGUUGUUGUGGGUUGGACGCAACUGCAGCCAGAACUUCUUCAUGCAAGUUCUUGGAGUCUCUAAUUAUGGCUCAAUGGCCCAAGAAAUGAACCAGCUGCCUGAACUUGAUACAGCUGAAUCUUCCAGAGCUGUAGCUUUUAUCUCUUGGCUUCGAGAGCAGAGACCUUUUUUCCCGACAUUACAUAUAAUCCGGGAUGAAAGUCCACUGAAAACUACAUUUCUCCAGAACAUGAUAGAAGACCGAACAGAAUCUGCCUUAUCAUAUUAUGAAUUUCUCCUCCACAUCCAGCAGCAAGUGAACAAGUAACACUGCACAGAGCCAACUGCAAGAUAUCCCUCCAGCAGUACCAUACUGCGUAGUCUACAUAAUGCCUCUUCCGCAAUGUUUGUGGGCAAUAUGCGUUAAAAUGUGCAUACACUGUGAUUUCAACAACAAAAAUUAUCUAAUGAGAUGACUCUUUGGGGACUGGAAUGUGCUAGCACACACAUUGUAAUUUUAAAUGAGAUUUAAAGCAAAAUAAACAAUCAAAAAACCCUUUACCAAAUACUCAUCUGAAUUUCUAGCAAGUUCCCCCAUGUUUGCCAGAUGGGUAUGUAACACUACGCAGCAGUCUUCACUGGCACCAAAGGGUUCUCACAAUAUUCAGGAGGUGAUGAGAUGUUCAUAAAAUAAAGUUAGUUCUUUUUUUUUUUUUUAACUGAAUAUUUUUGUUUGCCAUUAUCCAUUUUUUUUUUGCUGCUAGUUUUACAGUCCUCAAUUGUAAGCAGUUAAAAUUUAUCUAAACUGAUUAUUUCAUAGAUUGGCCAAGAUAACUGUUUAUAAAACCAGAAGUUUAUCCUUUGUAACGGUCUAUAGAUCUCUCUUCACCUUAGGACCAAAGUGAGGAAAAGGCUGAUAGGAACUUAAUGAAGAAAACACGGGUGCAUCAACCUAUUCUUACUGGCAACAUCUCUGUGGAGCAGUUCUUGCUUUGAACAAAUAUGCUGACUAAGGAGAUUAUUGUGUAUUGCUUUUUUUUUUUUUUUUUGCCAUUCGGGGACAUUGGAAUUAUUUGAUUUUACCAGCUUAUAAAUCAGCGACAUAAAUGAUGAUAUAUUUCAUUUUAGACAAACUAGAAUAGGAGGAAACCUUUUUAUAUAGUAAUGAUAAGAACCAAUAAAAAUGAGCAUAGUAUUUUAGAGAAUACAUCAUACCUGAAAACGUGGUGGCCAUGGACUCCCCUUUUCUUGAGUGAUGAGUUCCAACCUCUCACAUUUCAGCACUCGUUCAAAAGUAAGUGGAAACAACCAUAAAAUCUGCACACUUGGUGGUGGAGCUAAAUACAAAGUUGAACUAGAGCUGAAACUUCUUUGUUUUAACCACCCCCACCCCGUGGUUGAUUUUAGAGUAAACAAAGGUAAUACCUAGGCAUGCGUUAUCAUGGGUUUUUGGGGUUUUUUUUGCAUUGUUUUUUUUUCUCCACCCAGAAGACUCCUCUCUCUCAAUCCAUAACUUACAUACUGUGGUUCACAAAAUGCAUUUUUAAUGCAGUUGUUUUCCAUACACGAAGUUGAUAGUUUUAUUUAGAACCAAUGACCAGCAAGAUUUUGGAGCUAGGGGUGUGAUUGCUAAAGAAAAUAACUUAUUGUUUUGAUUCUUGUUCUUAUCUGGAAGAAAAAUCCAUUUUCAGGAAAGACAGAAUUAUAAAAUUAAUAAAGUAGAGACUAAAUGUAAUUUAUUCAUUAAACAUUUUUACUUCUUUGGUCCUGUAUGGAAGUGCACCUUUAAUUGUGUUGCAUUGAUCGGCUCCAUAAAAGAUGGAAUGGUUUAGACUGCUUUGCUAUGCAACAAGUCUUUCUGCCGUCCCUGUGUGUUAAAAGCUGGCACAAGUUUCUAUAUUAAUAACUCUAAUUUAUUGUGAUGUAAACAGAACAAAAUGUGUGUAAUAACCUGAUAUAGAUUUUCUUGUUUUAAUAAAAGGCACCUUUUAUUCUGGGAUUUCAUGUUAAUAAAGUUUUUAAAGAUUAAUGUUUCUCCCUUUGGGGUUUAUUUCCUAAACCAGGAAUUGUGGAGGAUGGACAGGGGAUUUGUAAAUCAUGAUAUUAAAUAUCAAUGCUGGUGGGGAGGGUGGGUGGAGGGGGGAAGAAUUUUGGCAUAAGCCUAUACCAUUCCCUUCUCCAUUUUCCAAAUUUCCUGAUUAAACAAAUACCCCUGUAUCUUCUAUUUGGCCAUUAUAAGUUUUAUAACAAAUAUAUAUUUUUUUCAGUCACUGCCAUCAUGUAAUUCACAUCUCCUAGUGAAAAUGAAUAAAUAAAAUCACAGAAUUGUAAUCUCA